UAGCGUGACGUCGCAGCGGCGCUUGUGACUUGCGAAAUGGAGAUAGGAGGUGUCCGGACAAACGAGCCUCUGUUUUUGGGGAUUUUGGGCUCAAAUAAAAAAAGAAACCUCGACAGUCAGGACAACGUCGACCUCAGCCGACUGGGAACCAUCACAGCAGCCAACAUAUGUGUGAGGAAACACUCGGUAGGAUGAUCAGCAAUCAAGAAGAAGAUGAUUUUGUUGCAGUGCGGGUACAAGAUCCCCGCAUCCAGAACGAAGGCUCGUGGAAUUCAUACGUGGAUUAUAAAAUAUUCCUACAUACCAACAGUAAAGCCUUCACAGCCAAGACGUCCUGCGUGCGUCGGCGCUACAGCGAGUUCGCCUGGCUCAAGAAGAAGCUUCAGAAGAAUACCGGUUUGGUGCCGGUCCCAGACCUUCCAGGAAAGUCCUUCUUCUCUUUCAGCAAUGAGGACUUCUUGGAGUCGAGAAGGAAAGGACUUCAGGCCUUCUUGGACAAAGUGGUGCACAUGACGGUAUGUCUGUCAGACAGCCAGCUCCACCUCUUCCUGCAGACCCAGCUGCCGGUCGGUCACAUCGAGGACUGCGUUCAGGGCCACACUCCGUACUCCGUGACGGACGCCAUCCUCACCUACGCCUCGUCCAAUCUGGGCUUCGCUCAGGCUCAGGAGGACGACUCCAUCAAGGAACCAAGUUUGACCGUUUCGUACGAGUCCAUGGAGAGUCCAGCUCCUCACCAACCCUGCUUACAAACUAAAGAGACCUCCAGCCCUGAGCUCGUGGCAUGUAGCGACUCUGACCCUCUAGAAGAUUUACAGCCGCUCUGUGAGAAGGACUCGGCUAUAAGGCUCGUCCAGAAGAACAACCAUCUAGAGGCCGUCGUUGAGGACUGUGGCCCGACAGAGGCAAGCUUUUUUCUAGGUGACAGCCAGGACGACCGUGAGAGCCUCAGCCUCGCAGAACCAACCCAGCAGAGGGGCUGUCGGAUACAGACGCCGGUGGAGGUGCACUCGCCCAUGGGGACUGGCUUCGAGGAGGUCUGUGGCGUGGACAGAGUGUUUGAGGAGGUGUGUUCGGUCGAAGAGGAGAGCGUUGGGACUUUAGAAGCAGAAGAAAAGACCGUUGAGGAGAAGGCUGGUCAACAGGAAAGUUCUGAAGACGCAAAUAUAAACAAUUCUGAGUCGGAAAAACUGAAUUCUGUAGCAAUUUUAGAUUUUAAAGACAGUGACGCCAGAUCUCAAGAGGAUGUUCUGGAAGAGGUCUGCUCUGUGAAGCAGGUUUUAGAAAACCACAUCAUCUCUGAGGUUAAUGGUGUUGAGCUCACUGCAGACGUCAGCGGUACGGAGGAGUUUAAGAACUCAAAAGAGCCAGACAACAAAGAAAGUUCAGAAUCGGAGAGCAAAGAGGAGACGCCACUCGCGUCAGAAAUCCACGAAGAGAUCCCCGAUGUGCAAAGUGUUGGCGGUGACAGCGUUGAACAAAUGGACCAAAAGCGAGUUGAAGAAGAAGACGUGGAUUUGGUCGGGACCAAAGACGUGGAUUUGGUCGGGACCAAAGACGAGAGUGACGAGAGCGACGAGGACAGCCACUCACUGCCAUCUUCCAACGAGAGCAUCGUCAAGGUCAGCGACGACGAAAGCGUCUGUGACGAGGCCGAGGACUCGAUCCCGGAUGCCAACGGCUACGUGAAGACGUCUCCUGAGGUGGUCGCUCUCUGGUCAGACGUAGACGCCUCCAGUAUAAACAUUCUGGACCUACACAUGAACGGAUGCCCCGUGGAAAAAGAGGGCAUUCCCACCCGGGAGGAUGAGGACCUGGAAUACACGGCGGAGAUCAGUGAAUUGAGUAAAUCGUUGGACCUUAACUCGGCUGUAACUGCGGGAGAUUUGACUGAAAAUAGCGACUUCAGCAUCUUAGAGACGAGCUGCUCGCCCGGAUUAGACGACAGUUAAUGCACGGAGCAGGAAACGCUAUCCUCGCUGUCUUUGGGCGCCUCAGAGGAAACUCAUGAGGUGGAGGUGCAUUAGGUAAACAGCUGAAUGGAGGCGGAGGGGGGGGUGGGUUAAUUUGGGAGUUGCCGCCUGUUAAAGACAUAUUUCAUCACACCGCACGUACACAAGGUGCAUCCUGGGAGUUGAGUGGCGUUUCAAAAUGUCUGCGCAUUAUAUAGCGUCGUCACAAUGCGUACGAUCUGGUGUCUGCCAACCAUAUUAUGCUUUAAAAGUACCAUGUCACGCAUGUUCUAGGUCAAACUGUUUGUUUGAUUUUAAAUAGUGGAUUUUAAUUUUAAAAUUAAUACCUUCAUUUACACUCAGGUACACUAAACACAGUCUCUAACUGGCUCCUCUGCUGUGGAUGAUGUUUGGCUUUUUGGGAACAGCAGAAGGGGCUCACGUUCACAAAAGGAAAUAUGUAUCUUGGGGUUGAUAUAUAUAUAUGAGCUAAAAGGUUUUAUUGUCAAGUAAAACGGACAAAACGUACAUUUUAAUGGGAUUGUCGUUCAAUAACGAAACAUUUGAGAGACAUUAUGACAGUGAAUACACUUGAAUUAAAGGUUAGAUUCACAUUUUCUAGUCUAGAUUAACAUUAACAUUGCAUCUAAAUAUGCUUUCUAAAGUUCAGCUGAAGCUAAAAAAGAGGCCUCAAUAGAUGAGUUAGACAAAUGAGGUUACGAUCUGUUUACUACCAGUUUCUACCUGUUUCCUUGCUGAGCUGUGGUGAAGGGACGGCGAGAGAAAGAGGGAAUUCAAAACAAAACAAGACUAACUUUGGUAGACACUUAAUUUGUCAAAGUGAAAUUAACUGUAGUUAAACUUAAAGCACUGUAGGUUUUGGUUCUGUUCGAUCACUUAGGAAGGGAUCUCUUUAUGGACAGCAGGAACAACUAUAUGGAUUGUAUAAUACGGGCAUAACGUUUAAAGACAGACUGGAGAAGAUCUAUCCUUUUUUAAUGUGAACCCCCCCCCCAAAAGAAAUCACUGUACUACUAUUUAUGUCAACAACUGUGUACUACUGGAUCAUGAUAAUGUAAGUUUAAUGCUGAUUAUAUAACGUUACUUACUAACGUAGUCGCUAAACCAGGUUGGUAACCUGUUGGGUCAACGUAUAGUGAGUUUACACACACAAUGUUUCAUAGUUAACCUGGUAUUUAUUGUCAGAUAGUGGAUCAGAGAGGGAAAAUAACAAAUAUUUAGCCCAACAAGAAUUUUAUUAUGAUAAGAAAUGUGAUUAUUAUUAUAAUAAAUGGCCAGAAUACGAGUACAAUAGAAGAGUUAUUCACUUUGCAGCCUCUCUGUAAUGGACACGCACAGGUUCAGUCUUGUGGUCUCUUGUCGUUUCUGUAAACCUGUUCAGAUCUCACCUUUUACAAACACUAACACUCGGUCAUUUAUUUCAUGUAAACACAAUAACUAACUACAACCUUUUAAUUCCUUGUGUAAGCUGGCUGCAGUUUGACCUCCACGUUGUUCUCACACACUACUGCUGCGACUGCUUGUGAUUCAUUUUGUUUUUUAAAAAGGGACACAGAGUUUUAUUGUGCCAUUGCACUUAGAAAACGAGCCUCGCUGUUCAACCCGUGUCGCAGACAUACCGGGACCUCGUAGGUGGAUUGUGGAGUUCUGGGUUUUGCUUUCUUUCUACAUUGUAAAUUAAUAGUUUUUCUCUUUUUGCUUUUUAAAAGUUGUUUUAAAUGUUCAGAGGCAAAAGCCCCCCCCCUUUUUUUAAGGAGAGCUUUUAUUUUAUAACAUGGAUCUACAAGGGCAAUGAUAACAUCCUGAGUUACUGUGUCCAUGUAAAUACACAACAAACUGCAAUCUAAUUUUAUUUCAAAUAAAUAGUUUUUCUUCUUUA